AUGCCCUUCGGACUAUCAAACGCCCCAGCUACCUUCCAAGCCCGCAUCAACGAAGUUCUGCGCCCAUUCUUGGAUAGAUUUUGCACAGCCUAUAUUGACGACAUUCUCAUCUACUCAAACGACCUCGCUUCUCACAGACUCCAUGUCAAAUCCGUUCUCCAAGCGCUUGAAGCCGCUGGCCUGCAACUCGAUGUCAGAAAAUGCGAAUUCGAGACCACGGAAGUCAAAUAUCUGGGCAUGAUCAUCUCAACCACGGGAGUACGAAUGGACCCAGCCAAAGUCGACUGUCUCGUUAAUUGGGAAACUCCAGCCAACGUGAAAGACGUACAAGGCUUUUUAGGGUUCUCGAAUUUCUAUAGACGAUUUAUCAAAGGAUUUUCACGCAUCGUACGACCACUUGUUGCCCUGACGCGGAAGUUAGUCAAAUGGAACUGGACGUCAUCCUGCCAAGAGGCGUUCGACACGCUCAAAAAUAGCUUCACCUCAGCCCCAAUCCUCAGACACUUUGACCCCACAAAAGAGGUGUUUGUCGAAUGUGACGCAUCCGAUUUUGUGUCCUCAGGUAUUCUCUCCCAAGAAGAUGAUCAAGGAGUACUGCACCCAGUAGCUUUCAUGUCCAGGAAAUACGAUCCCGCUGAGUGUAACUACGAAAUCUACGACAAAGAACUCUUAGCUAUCGUACGCUGCUUCGAAUGCUGGAGGCCCGAGCUGCAAGGCGCACAUCAUCCGAUCACAGUGAUUACCGACCACGCCAAUCUUCGAACCGGUGAUCUGGGGCGGGAUAUGGAAGGGGCUGCUGCAGAUAUCGAGGCGGCCAAUGCGGCCAAUCCAGAGAGGGAGUGUCGUUUCAACUUCCCCCGUGCUCUGCGGGAGCUGGCCACAGUCAUCAGGAAAGAAGGCAAGUCAUACUACGUCUUUGAGGCGGCCCGGAAUGACAACCUCAUGAACUACUUCAAUCCCGCCAUUGUCCUAGGCUGGCUUGCCAAUAUCGAUAUAUCUCCGUGCACUAGCUUACAGGCGGUUAUUACGUACGCGGCGAAGUAUUGCAGCAAAUCUGAGAAGAAGACUGAGCCUUACUGUAUGCUCGCAGACCAAGUUUUGCCGCACACGGCACACCUUCAGCCCCUGUUAUCCUUCUCCUCUCGCCUUAUGAAUAAGCUGAUUGCCGAGAGAGAUUACUCGGCGCAAGAGAUUUCCCAUCUGCUGCUCAACGUUUCUCUGCAAGAAGGCACGCGGAUGGUGGUCUCUGUCGACUGCCAUCCGUUCAGGAGAUUUCCCAUCUUCUGCUCAACAUUCCUCUGCAAGAAGGCACGCGGAUGGUGGUCUCCGUCGACUGCCGUCCGUUGGAGCAACAUCUACUGGAAAUAUCUUGAGAGAAGUGACCAACAUGAGGACGUGACCUAUCUCGAGUACCUGCAACUAUACAAUCUCAAGACGUGGAGGAGACUUGCUGCUAACGCGAAGAAGAGGGUCCUGUCUUACUUCCCUCGAUACAGAUCCAUUGAGGCCUCUCCCCAGUUUAAUGACUUCUGCCGUGUUAAGUUGAUGAUGGCUCAUCCGCACCGAAGGAGUUGUACGCAAGAGCACCAUGACACCCAUGCUGACGACCAUUACGGGAAGCCAGAAACAAAUGAACUGAGGGCAGAGGACGACGAAUUUGAGUUUGAGGUCCAUGAAGAGCCCACUGUGGAGGAGGACUGGCAUGAACUCGCCCGCAUGCUUCCCGACCGCCCGCUGGAGGAAGAGGAUAUCGACAUCCUCGGCCGCCGAGACAUCGACAUCAAUUAUGAUUGGACCCCUCACGUUGGACGGUAUACUGAUGAUGGUAUUCUCAACGGCGACUACUGGAACAACGCAAGACGGGAAACCGCCUUGACCUUGACGUGGAUCAUCAGCCCUUGGAAGCUCGUGAUUCCCUAA